AUGAACUCAAAAAUACCCGACGAUGUAAAGCCGUUAACAGAACUUUCGAAACGUCCUCACCAACAGCUGGAAUCUUUUUCUCCGGAAAAUGAAGCUUCAAAGAUUAGUAAUGACAUAGAUAUUGUGGUCAAAGAAGAGACUUUAGAACAAAAAAUCCCAAGUAGCAAUGAAGGGGUAGCUCGUCCAAUCAAAAAGAGAUUCACUACAGCCAAUGAUCGGAGAAACCACUUGAAAAAAAAUUUUGCAAAGAGAGUAGGACAAAAAGAAGAGUAUCAACCGAGGAAAUGGGAAAAGACGGAGAGAGAUACAAAUGAGACUAAAGAUAACUCAGAUAUAGAGGAGGGAUCACAAGACAAAGAGCCAAGAAAGCCAAAAAGAAAAGUUGCAGCUCUUGUAGGAUUUUGUGGAACUGGAUAUCAAGGAAUGCAAAUAAAUCCAGGCGCAAAAACUAUUGAAGAAGAAUUAUUUAAAGCGUUUGUCGCGGCUGGUGCAAUAUCAAAGGAUAAUUCUGAUGAUCCAAAAAAGGUAGGAUUAAUGCGUGCUGCGAGAACAGACAAGGGUGUUCAUGCUGCUGGCAACGUAAUCUCACUGAAGAUAAGUUAG